UUUUUUUGCCUCAUCGUUUUACUGACAGCAAGAAGAGAAUUUUAUUUUUUAAGACCAUCUUGGGGCUAAACUCCUUUUGGGGACCCCCAAGUUACUCUCAGAAUGAAGUUUUGGUAUAUUUUCUGUUUGAUCCUUGUCCACGAAGCUCUACAAAAUGUUCUCAGUCAACCAGCUGUGAAAGGUAAACGUUCCAAGGAACCGGCAGAGAAUAAAAUUAAACCUGCUAUAAAAAAACUCAAACCAAAAAUUACCAAAUUAAAGGAAUCAACAGAAAAUGUUCCCAAGGUGCAAUCCAUCAUGACUCAAGUACUGGAUAAAGGACGGUUCCAAAAGGCAGCCUCUAUGAUGAGUAUGACAGCUGGACAGAGCAUGGAACUCAGGUGCAAAGGGGAAAAGAUUGCAUGGAGCUAUCCAGAAUAUCUUGUUACUUUCAGGGAUUCCAGACUUAGUAUUAAACAACAUGACAGAUACGGGCAGCUGAUUCUUGCGAACUCCACAGCAGCCGAUACUGGGGAAUUUAGUUGCUGGGCCCAAGUGUGUGACAGAUUUGACUGCAAAAAAGAUGAAUCGAAAACUGGAUCUACUUACAUCUUUUUCACAGAUAAAGGUGAGCUGUUUGUUCCAUCUCCGAGUUAUUUUGAAAUUAUCUACCUACAUCCGGAUAAACCUACAAUCAUCCCGUGUCGCGUGACCAUCCCAUCAGCAAAAGUGACCCUCCACAGAGAGUUCCCUGCUGAGGAAAUCAAGGCUGAUGGCACAGCAAUUCUCUAUGAUGUAAAGAAAGGCUUUGUAUACCAACAUCCACAGUCCAAUCAGAGUGGUGUGGUGUAUUGCCGAGCAGAGAACAAAGGAGCUCCGCAGAUUUCAAUUAAAUAUCAGCUACUAUAUGUGGAAGUUCCCAGUGGUCCACCGUCUGCAACAAUUACAGCUUCCACUAACAAGGUCAGAAGUGGAGACGAUUUUAGCAUCUUCUGUACUGUGCUUGGAGAGCCAGAUGUAGAGGUAGAAUUUACAUGGAUUUAUCCAGGCCAAGAAUAUGAGAGACCAGUGGCUAUUCAAGACUCAUGGAGACUCGUUAACCGGGGCAUUGGACACACCACUAGAAUCUCAAAUAGUGUCAUCUCCAUUGAAGAUUUUGAAACCAUCGACGCCGGAUACUAUAUUUGCAAAGCACAGAAUCUCCGAGGACAGACAACAUUAGCUACAAGAGUGGAUAGAUUUUAAAUAAUUAUUCUUCCAAAGAACACUUUGCUGGCAAUUCUCAAUUAAAAAGAUUCUUCAUAAUAACCCUCUGCUUUUAUACCUGUACUUUAACAGCAGUUAAAUAUGUCAACAAGGCCAUUUGCAUAGAGAAGAACAUAAAUCCCUAUGUAAUAAAGUAAGCUGAACUGAAAAGAGCUAUCAUUAAGAGGACACGCCUCUACCAUGGAAUAUAUUUGUCAGACCAUUUCUGGUUUGGUUUUUUUAGGCCAAUAAUUACUCUUGAUGAAUUGUUUAAAAUAUAUGUUCCUGUAUUCAAAUACUUUAUGAAUAAAAUAUAUUAUAUAUAAUAGUUACAUAUUAAAAAUAUCAAAACAA